CUGGAUACGCGCUUCACUAAACUCUUCCUAGAUCAAGCGACACACGUUUCGAAGCCUCGACGCAGAAGGACACAUCACUAGAUAACAUCACAGUGAGGGUUGGAGACUCUCGAUCGCUCCGAGGUUAAAGCUUAGCUACGGGAUCUGGGCGGACAUCAACAUACACCCUCAAACCUCACAGAGAAGUUAAAAUCUAGGACCCAUGAUGGACGCUAGAGACACUGCCCCUGAUUCCUGGGAACAAGAGGAAGAUGUGGAGGCCACGAUCGAGAGACAACUUCAAGAAGACCUCACAAAUCUAAAUGUGAAUGCGAAGCCGUUUGUGCCCAAUAUAAAUGCUGCCGAAUUUGUCCCGACAUUCACCGUGAAAGAUCCCUCGAAAAAUCUCGAUUCCGCUGUUGCUGUGGAGAAAAUAUCCACCAUGGAGGUGUCUGAAAGCCCUGCUCCAUUGGAGAACGGUGACUCAAAGAUGACCAUAGAGGGCCGAUGGGACCAAAAAGAGGCAGAGCCAAAUGAUGAAGAGCCAGGAGGCGGCGACCGGGGACCAGCAGUGGCAGCUACCAAUGAGGAGACGGCUCCAGAGAUGACGGAGGAGGAAGAGGAAAUGCCAGUGCCCAAGGCUCCACCUACACUGACAGAUGCCCCCAAAAGGGAACACAUCAAUGUUGUAUUCAUCGGACACGUAGAUGCUGGCAAGUCCACCAUUGGCGGACAAAUCAUGUAUCUAACAGGCAUGGUAGAAAAGAGAACCUUAGAAAAGUACGAGAGAGAAGCCAAGGAAAAGAACCGAGAAACCUGGUAUUUGUCCUGGGCUUUGGACACCAAUCAAGAGGAGCGAGACAAAGGCAAGACAGUUGAGGUGGGCCGAGCAUACUUUGAGACGGACAAAAAGCACUUUACUAUCCUAGACGCUCCUGGCCACAAAAGCUUUGUGCCUAACAUGAUUGGAGGUGCAUCACAAGCAGACCUGGCGGUUCUGGUGAUCUCUGCCAGGAAAGGGGAGUUUGAAACUGGUUUUGAGAAAGGUGGCCAAACACGGGAGCAUGCCAUGCUGGCCAAAACGGCUGGCGUUAAGCACCUGAUAGUUCUUGUGAAUAAAAUGGAUGACCCUACAGUCAACUGGAGCCUGGACAGGUAUGAGGAGUGCAAAGAGAAACUGGUGCCAUUUUUAAAGAAGGUGGGCUUCAACCCUAAGAAAGACAUUCACUUCAUGCCAUGCUCCGGGCUGACAGGAGCCAACCUGAAGGAGCCCACUGAUAUGUGCUCCUGGUACACAGGUUUACCAUUCAUUCCACACUUAGACAGUUUGCCACUUUUGAAAAGAUCCAGCGAUGGCCCCAUCAGAUUGCCUAUUGUAGACAAAUACAAGGACAUGGGCACAGUGAUUCUGGGCAAACUAGAGUCAGGCUGCAUCAGUAAAGCACAGCACCUGGUCAUGAUGCCAAACAGGCAUGUUGUGGAGGUAUUGAGUCUCCUGUCGGAUGAUGUGGAAACAGACGAUGCUGAUCCAGGGGAAAACCUCAAGUUGCGUCUGAAGGGUAUUGAGGAGGAGGAGAUCCUGCCGGGCUUUAUCCUAUGUAAUGCUGAGAACCUCUGCCACUCAGGGCGCACCUUUGAUGCCCAGAUCGUCAUCAUUGAACACAAAUCCAUCAUCUGUCCAGGUUACAACGCAGUCCUUCACAUUCACACAUGCAUUGAAGAAGUGCAAAUCACGGCCUUAAUCUGUAUGGUGGACAAGAAGUCAGGAGAGAAGAGUAAGACACGACCACGAUUCGUCAAACAGGACCAGGUCUGCAUUGCCCGUCUUCGCACAGCAGGAACCAUUUGUCUCGAGACCUUUAAAGACUUUCCUCAGAUGGGACGGUUUACCUUACGGGACGAAGGUAAGACCAUCGCCAUCGGUAAGGUGUUGAAGCUGGUUGCUGAGCGGGACUGAAGACGACGGAUAUGUCAGAGAGUCCUGAUGAGAAGGGAAUGGGCAGAGCUUAGUCAAUACCCAGCCCACACUGUUGUCAGCGGCGAGGACACCUCCCUGUCCCGCCUCCCUUUCUGCGUGCCGAAGAUCAGCUUCAGAAAACAAAAAUAACUUGGAAAAAGAAAACCUGUUUUUAAAGCAAACCAAGAUGAAGUCCACACGAGUCGGCUUUCUCAUAUUGAGAGCUCAGCUAUGCCAUUUCUGGGUUAGCACCUCCCUCCACCUCUCCCAUCCCCACUCAUGUCUACACAUCAUUACAUAUUUUUCAUCUAGCUCUUUUUUUCUUCUUUCAUAAAUGACAGAUGGCAGAAGUUAUAUCUGUAAACAGAUGUGGACCAGGAUUUUUGCUUGGAGUAUAAUAAUGAUUUUUCAGAAAUAAACUGCAAAAUAUAUUGUUUGAGAGAACCUAUCCAGUUGAAACCAAAUGUUUAUUUUGGGUGUACAUGUUUCCCUUUGCUUUUACCCAGUUUUUGGUUUCUCUUGGCGUUCAGGCAGUGUCCUUGAGCGUUUUCAAAUAAUGUUAUAAAAGCAAACAACUAUGACAAUAAAAUAACAAAUUGGGAAAACCUCCUUCUCAGAGCACAUUCUAGCAGCUGGCCCUAUGAAUCAGUUUUUAGAUUGCGUCUAAUGGAUGUAGUUUUCAUUUUGAGGAUUAUCUGUUUAUAUAUUGGUUUUUAUUCUUAAACUUCUAAAAAUGUUAAAUCUUAAAAAACUUAAAAAAUUAUUUUCCCCUUUUUUUUUUUUAAUACAACUUGCAACAGUAUUUCUACAAGAAACAUUUACAUGGAAUUUGACCAUUACAUAUUUUUCUGUUCUACAGCUCCUGCGCCUCGGCACAUUAAGUUUGAAAUAAAAUAAUGGUUUCUGCA